CAACACAUGCACGCGGGACGGUAACGCGUGUACCAGUGCUCUUUCAUCUUGCCAGUCGGUUUCUCUGCCUCUUCGUGAGCGGUCUGAAUGAAUGGCAGGCUCGUCACACGCGAUCCUUUCGACCGCUUGAACGACCGAUUCUCCGGUAACAAAGUGCCGCUUUCUAUCUCGCUCGAGCCGUGAUGCAGUUACACGCGCCGCAACGCCUUGUCCUCCCACUGGUCCUUUUGACCCUUCAGCAAGUGUUAACUCAACCUGAAGAGCCUUUGCCAGCGCUCCUAGGAGGAAUUGGAAAUGUUGCCACGAGUGCGACUAAUUUUCUGAGUGGAAUCAUGCAACGACAGAAAGAACUGAUACACCGAGUGACGGACACCGCCUCGGAUUACAUCACCAGUGCGGUAGAGACCCCCAGGAAUCUAUUGAUCAACGCAACCAGAGCAACCACCGGCAUCAUCGACAGUGCAACCUCCAAGGGUCUCGAGUUCAAGCUGAGGAGAUUCCUGGAGAAGUUUCGCGGUCGGAUGCGUUAUGGGAUACCGGAGCUCGGGAUUCCGCCGUUGGAGCCACUUCAACUAGACGAGAUUGAUAUAACUAUCGAUAAUCCGGAUAUAGGAAAUAUAUCUUUGAUAAUCGAGAAUUUGGAGUUGUACAAUCUUUCCACCUUCGUGAUCAACAAGGCAAAAUUGUCCCUGGUCGGACCCACAAUCACCGCAAACGUAUCCGUGCCACAUGUGUAUAUCGAAGGCAUCUACAACAUAUCCGGGAUCCUUGGGGACAUGGUGAAACUCCACGGAGAUGGCCCAUUCAGAGCGGACAUCUACGAUUUCCAGCUGUAUGUGAAUACAGUGCUCGGUUACUACAGGGGAAUGUACCUGAAGACCUUCGACUUGGAUUUCGAUCUGAAGUCUAUGGAGGUCCGGUUGGAGAACUUCAUGGGGGACGAGGAACUCUCGAGGAUUAUGAGCAAGGUCUUCCAGGAACUUACGCCAAAGGUGGUAGACAUUAUUAAACCAGACGUACUUCCGGGUAUUCGGGAUUAUGUAGCAGGAAGAGUUAAUGAGACUAUUCAUCAUCUCUCUAUGAAGGAUGUAUUAUAUGUCCUCCUGGGACAGAAUCUCGAUAUUCGAGAUUUCGCGGAUUUAUUGGUGCCCUAGAAAUAUUGUCUUGCCUAUAGUAUUCUUUAAUGAACUCACAACGAUAUUCGGAGAUCUUUAAAAAAUUAAUAUAAUGUUUUCCGUGGACGAUUAGACGUUCAGUAGAGAAACAGGUUACAUAGGUUCAAUUAAAUUGUUUUCGAAGGAUGAGAAGAAUUGUUUGAUUACUUUUCAAGAUGUUAAAAAAUCUAUUUCACCUAUUAAUUAAAUAGUUCAACUGCAGUGGAUAUAGGAAGAUUAGUGACACACGAAACCAAAAGAAUCUAGUGAUACAGCUUAUUUUGUCAACAGGCAAGAUAGAAGAGCUACCUUCGAAAGAAAUGUGUAAUUCCGUAUUCGUGUCAAUUCAGCGUUAUCUAAAAAUCGAAUUCUCAGGAGAUAGUAGACACAUUCCUCCACGAAAACGUAUUAUCGAGUUCCAUUGUCUAGAAGAUGGUUAGUAGGGCCGAGAGCUGGAGCGAGAAAUUCACGUCUGCGGCGAGUCAUAGUAACGUAAUUAAGAUAAUGUAACGUAUAAUGGAUGAGAGAUAGACGUGGGCGCAAUAAAAAGUUUUCUGUGAGCAGAGGAGAGUUCAAGUUUCAGCUGGGAGCAACUUAACGGUUCAAGAAAAAGUCAGUUAGAAAGGUGAGACUGCUAACUUCUGGAACUCUUGCAGUAGGCGGUGAAUGAAAACGUUGAAUCUCCUUGCGAACGAUAGUUAGAGGGGUUUGUUAACAGAAGAGCAACAUGGACGAUGGUUCCUUUGUCAAAUAAUUGGAUAACGACAAUCUCCUAAGUGAAUUCUUUGUUCUGUGUCUCGAGUUCAUUAAACUCUGGAGAGAGAUAGAGGAAUCAUAGGUAGGUAAACAGAUUUGUAAUCUCUGCUGCCCAAGUUUUACUUUGAAGUUUCUAUUGAACUUCUAAGAGUCGUUUUAGAAAAGUACCUAACUUACAAAUUUUAGAAUUUUCUCAGAUCUUUCGAAAAUUUUAGAAAAUUAUUCACCGUUAUAUCACUUCGAACAUAGACUUAAGAAGUUCAAAGAAUCUUAGGAUGUUCCAUUGAGUUAUAAAACAGAAAAUUCACUGAAACUUGAACGGUCCUUUGGUGAAAUUAUUUAGGUAGGCAUUUUUUAAAGAUAUCUUUGAGUAUGUUGGAAAUAUAUGAUCUAUUAUAA